AUGAGUGAAGACUUAAGCAAUAACCACGCAAGUUCAGAAACGACAUCAGUGGAUGCUUGGGCCACCAUCAAAUUUCUUCAGCCAUCCAAGAAUUAUCCAGGUCAGAAAGGAAACUUCAUUAGAACUACUCGUUACACUUGGUGGUCAUUUCUUCCACUCUCUCUGCUAGAGAAUUACAGAUCAUACACCAACAUUUACUUUAUUAUAGUUUUAAUUAUUUGUGCGUUACCUCUUUCACCAGUUAACUAUUUAUUUACACUUUGCCCAAUGCUUGUUGUACUUGCGAUAUCAAUGAUUCGUGCAGGUAUCGAAGAUCUUAUGAAAUAUGUUCAAGAUCGCCGUAGAAACAAUGCUCCUGUUAAAAUCUACAGUUUUGGCGAAUGGGUUGAUUCGAUUUCCGCAGACAUUCGUGCAGGUGAUGUCAUAUUGGUUGAGAAUGAACAAUCAUGCCCUGUCGAUAUGCUUUACCUUACAUCAUCAAAUGUUAACCAAUCCGCCAAUUUCUCUAUGGCAGAGCUUAAUGGAGAAGCCACAGUUCAAACAAUCUACCCGCACCCUCAUUUCAAGGGUAAGCAAUUCCCACAAGCAAUAACUCAUAGACAAUACGAAGUAGAUGUACCAGAACCGGACAGAGACCUCUACAAAUUCAAUGCCAAGCUGAAAUCCGAAACAGACAUUUGGCCGAUUUCCAUCAACAACAUUUUAUUACGUGGAACAUCCCUCAAAUAUACAGAUUGGGCCAUUGGUGUUGCUCUUCGUACAGGCCAUGAUUGCAAGAUCAUGAUGAACCAGCGCCAUCCACCCGCAAAAAUGACCCAAUUCGACAAAGAUAACAAUACAAUGGUUUUAUGUGUCUUUAUUUUCAAGAUGAUCACUGUUUUCAUCAUUUCCGGAUGCUGCUGCUACUUCGAGAUGCACAACGACUUCAAUCUCCUUGAUACCGUCAUGCCAUCCGCCUUCAAAUCAUUUUGGGAAGCAUUUCUCCAGUAUUUCGUUCUCUUUUCAUAUCUCAUUCCACUUUCUCUCAACUGUACAAUCGAAAUUUGUCGUCUUUUCCUGAUGUUCAUCAUCAGUUACGACAAGUACAUUGUCGAAGAAGACAGAGGAAAGUCCAAACCGCAUAACUCAUCAAUGCUCGGCAAUCUAGGUUUAGUCACUCACGUGUUAACAGAUAAAACAGGAACAUUGACAGAAAAUGUCAUGCAGUUGAAGGAAUUCACUGAUUCAAAUGGCACUUUUACAACCGCCGAAUUUAUUAAAUCAUAUGAGAAAGAUGCCUUUUAUUCAGAAAGAUCACUUGAAAUGCUUAGAGCUCUUGCACUUUGCAACACUGUCAUUGUUUAUGAAUCAAAAGGAACUCUUGAAUAUAAUUCUGAAUCUCCUGAUGAAUCAGCAUUUGUCAAAUUUGCUUCUGAAGCAGGAGUUGCAUUGAUACAGCAUGAUCAAGAGUCAAUAACAUUAGAUGAACUUGGAAAGAAAGUUGUUUACAAAGUUCACGCUGUUUUACCAUUCAAUUCAACAAGAAAGAGAAUGUCAAUAAUCGUACAGAGAGAAGGAGAUUCUAAUGCAAUUAUUUAUACAAAAGGUGCUGAUAAUGUUAUCUAUCAACGCGCCGCUUCUACUAAGUAUAACAAUGAAGUUAAUGAGUUUUCUGCUGAAGGUCUUAGAACAUUAGUUUUCUCUUCAAGAAUACUCGAAGACGAAGAGAUCGAAAAGUUCGUUGAAGAGUACAAAGAAGCUGCUGCAAGUUUGGAUAACAGAGAACAAAAACUUGAUUCUGUCGCUACAUCAAUUGAAAAGAAUUUGAAUAUUAUCGGCGUUACGGGCGUAGAAGACAGAUUACAACCAUGUGUUCCAGAAGCCAUUCUUUGGUUAAGACAUGCAGGAAUCAAAUGCUGGGUAUUGACAGGAGAUAAAUUAGAAACAGCCAUUGAAAUCGGAAAGACAUCAUCUGUUAUUUUACCUGGUGCUGACACAUUGAUUUUAUCUAGUUCAAGAGAAGAAGAAACUCUCAAAUCUGCUAAAUGCUACAGAGAUAAUUUCGAUAAUUUCAAAGACCCUGUUCUUUGUUUGACAGAGAAUGCAACAACACUAUUAAUAGAGAAAGAACCAGAAGACAUUAUUUAUCUCUGCAAGAAAGUUAAAUCAGUAAUUUUCUGCAGAUCAACACCAUUCAUGAAAGCGAGAAUUGUUAGAUUGGUCAAAUCAUUCAAGGGAUCUCUCACUCUCGCAAUCGGUGAUGGUGCAAACGAUGUCGGAAUGAUCCAGGAAUCUCAUGUAGGUGUUGGUAUUUCUGGAUUGGAAGGAAACCAGGCUGCAAUGACAUCUGAUUUCGCCAUUCCUCGUUUCAGACAUUUGAUCAGAUUGAUUGCAGUUCAUGGACAUUGGGCAUUCGAUAGAUUCGCAUGGACAGCAAUGAUCAUGAUCUACAAGAACAUCGUUUUCUCAUUCUCUAUGUUAUGGAUGGCCAUUGAUACAAUGGGAUCUCCAUCAUCUUUCUAUGAUAGUUUCUUCAUGUCUUGUUUCAAUCUUUUGUUCACAAUGAUUCCUCCUUUCAUCUACGGAUGGAUUGAACAAGAUUUGCCUGAAGCACAACUCGUAAGAUACCCACAGCUCCAUAGAACACUUCCAAACCCAAUGACACCACCUCUAAUCGCUUAUUUCUGCGGAUUGGGUGUUUACCAGUCAAUCAUUGUUUACUACGUAAUCAGAUUAACGAUGCCAUCAUCUAAUUUCACAGAAAACGGUUUCUUCUCUUAUUUCGGAGUUGUUCUCAUUGUUUCUGUGAUGGUUUCAUCAUGGCUGAGAUACUGGUGCUGGGUUACAUUCCUUGCAAACUUUGGUACAUUGUUUGUUGCAAUUUUAGUUAUCAUGCUCUACGGUGCUUUCAUGGAACCAGAAAUCAUGAGCUGCGUUUUAGUAGAUAUGACAAAUCCAAGAACUUAUUUGAUGAUGAUUUUGGUAAUGAUUCUUGGUUUGAUUCCGCCAAUUUUCUUGGAGUUCUGCGUUGAACAUUUCGGAAUGAGAUUGAACAGAUUACUCCGCGAACGCAGAUAUAUCGAUAUCGAUGGACCAAUUGACUUCGCUGAAGCAAUGAAACAAGAAUCUGAAUUCGAAGAAAUGACUUCGAUUUCAGCUGCUAUUCCAUAA